GAGCAGCAGCACAGCAACAUCAUGACCACCUUGAUCUCCCGCUCCUCCGCCAGGUCGGUCCGAUCCAGCUCCUCCAAGGGCAGCAGUCACAUGACCAUGAGAGCCGGCAGCGUCCAUGGCGGCGCGGGCGGUUACGGUGUCCGCAUCUCGUCUGCGAGCGCCGCUAACUCCUCCUCCUUCGGUGUGGGCACUGGCGACAGCGUCCUGACCCUUAACGAGAAGUUGACCAUGCAGAACCUCAACGACCGGCUGGCAUCAUACCUGGACAAGGUACACUCCCUGGGGAAGACCAAUGGCGAACUGGAGAUCAAGAUCCGGCAGUACAUGGAGAGCCGGAUGGGCGUCAGCACAAGAGACUACGGCGCCUACUACGCAGUCAUCAACGACAUCAACGCCAAGAUCUUGGACGCCACCAUGCUUAACAGUGCCACUCACCUGAGUGUCGAAAACGCCAAGCUGGCGGCCGAAGACUUCAAAGCCAAAUUCGACAACGAGCAUGCCAUGCGCAUGUUGGUGGAGGCCGACGUCCGUGGACUGCGCGGGGUUAUGGACCACCUGACGUUAGCCAAGUCUGACCUGGAGAUGCAGAUUGAAGGUCUGAAGGAGGAGCUGAUCUUCCUGCAGAAGAACCACCAGGAGGAGCUGCUGGCCUUACGUGCACAGAUGAGCGGCCAGGUGAACGUGGCGGUGGAUGCCCCCGCAGGUACAGACCUGUCUGCUGUCAUGAACCAAAUCAGGGAACACUAUGAGGCCAUCAUUGCCAAGAACCGCCGAGAACUGGAGAGUUGGUUCCAGGCCAAGUCGGAGGAACUGAAUAAGGAAGUGAUGACACAAACUGUCAGCUUGCAGACGUCCAGGUCCCAAGUCUCAGAGGUCAAACGUUUGCUGCAGUCCCUGGAAAUCGAACAGCAAUCUGUGCUGAGCAUGAAAGUGUCGUUGGAAAGCACGCUGGAGGAGACGCAGAGCCGCUACUCUGCGAUGCUGUCCAGCUUCCAGAUGCAGGUGUCCUCGCAUGAGGAACACGUCACGCAGCUGAGGGUGGACUUGGAGCGUCAGAGUCAAGAGUACCAGAUGCUGCUGGACAUCAAGACCCGGCUGGAGGUGGAGAUCACGGAGUACCGCCGCCUACUGGACGGCGAGAGCAUCAGCAGCACCUCAUCCUCCACGACCGCCGCUGUAUCCGCCACCAGCAGCAGCAGCAGCAGCAGCACCUCAUCCUCCACGACCGCCGCCGUCGCCGCCACCAGCACCAACAGGAGCACGCGUGUGGUGACGGUGGUGGAAGAGGUGGUCGACGGAGUGGUGGUGUCCACCUCCUCCUCCACCUCCAAGUCCGCCGCCAUCCUGUCUAGCUGAUGUCAUCAUCACCUUGAAAAGGGUCUUCAACAAUAAACA